CUUCAGAAAGAAAGCUUGCAAAUUAGGGUUUUCUAGGGUUUGAUUUUUUUUUUUUCCUUACUCUCUCUGUUGUUCACUGUCCAUCUCCGUUCUUGUCACGGCGCGAAAGGGGUUAGCUGAAGUGAGGAGUGGCAGAGUAUAAUGGAGAAAGGUGGUAAAGGGAGAAAGGAGGAGGUGGUUACAAGGGAGUACACUAUCAAUCUCCACAGGCGUCUCCAUAGCUGCACUUUCAAGAAGAAGGCACCCAAUGCCAUAAAAGAGAUCAGGAAGUUCUCAGAGAAAGCCAUGGGAACAAAAGAUGUAAGAGUUGAUGUAAAGCUCAACAAGCAGAUAUGGAGCAAAGGAAUCAGAGGUCCCCCGAGGAGAAUCAGAGUGCGUGUUGCUCGCAAGAGGAACGAUGAUGAAGAUGCAAAGGAAGAGUUUUUCUCACUCGUCACUGUGGCUGAGAUCCCAGCUGAAGGUUUGUCUGGUUUGGGAACCAAAGUCAUCGAGGAAGACGAGUAAAAAACUUAUCUUACUACAAUAUAGCUUCUUUGUUUCAUCACCCCGUUACAGUUUAUAUGAAAAGACAAAGACACACUUCAUCAUUCAAGUUAUAGUCACUUUCUAAGGCGUACCUACCUGUUUAUGGAUUUAAAUGAUUUAAUCUAUGAACAUUGAACUUUUAACCGA